CUUGCCCCUGCGUUCACAGCCCCCAGUAAGCAGCAAGCCAGGACAUCCUCGCAGCCAGGGCAGCUCCGGGCGCGAGGCCCCAGGCGCAGCAGCUCCUCGCAGGGCGGAGGGCGGCGCGAGGGAGGGAGCGAGGGACGGGAAAGGCGAGCGAGCUGCCUCAAAUGCCUGGAAUAAUUCCGCUUCCGUUUGGAAAGCCGCAGCCUCAGUCCCGCCGCCGCCCGCCGCGGCCGCCCAGCUCCAGCUCCGCGUCCCGCCGCCAUGGCCACAUCCCCACAGAAGUCGCCCUUGGUCCCCAAAUCUCCCACUCCCAAGUCGCCUCCGUCCCGCAAGAAGGAUGACUCGUUCUUGGGGAAACUCGGAGGAACGCUGGCCCGGAGGAAGAAAGCCAAGGAAGUGUCCGAGUUCCAGGAGGAAGGAAUGAACGCCAUCAACCUCCCUCUUAGCCCUAUCUCCUUCGAGCUGGACCCCGAGGACACUAUGCUGGAGGAGAAUGAGGUCCGGACAAUGGUUGAUCCAAACUCACGCAAUGACCCCAAGCUUCAAGAACUAAUGAAGGUGCUCAUCGACUGGAUCAAUGACGUAUUGGUGGGAGAAAGAAUUAUCGUGAAGGACCUCACUGAAGAUCUCUAUGAUGGCCAGGUCCUACAGAAGCUCUUCGAGAAACUGGAGAGUGAGAAGCUCAAUGUGGCAGAGGUUACCCAGUCGGAGAUCGCCCAGAAGCAAAAGCUUCAGACUGUGCUGGAGAAGAUCAAUGAGACGCUGAAGAUUCCUCCCAGGAGCAUCAAAUGGAACGUGGACUCUGUUCAUGCCAAGAACCUGGUUGCCAUCCUCCACCUGCUGGUUGCUCUGUCUCAGUAUUUCCGGGCACCAAUCCGACUCCCAGACCAUGUUUCCAUCCAAGUGGUUGUGGUCCAGAAGCGAGAAGGGAUCCUCCAGUCUCGACAAAUCCAAGAGGAAAUAACUGGUAACACAGAGGCCCUUUCCGGAAGGCAUGAGCGUGAUGCCUUUGACACGCUGUUUGACCAUGCACCAGACAAGCUCAAUGUGGUGAAGAAGACCCUCAUCACAUUCGUGAACAAGCAUCUGAAUAAACUGAACUUGGAGGUCACAGAACUGGAGACGCAGUUUGCAGAUGGGGUCUACCUGGUACUGCUCAUGGGGCUCCUGGAGGGCUACUUUGUACCCCUGCACAGCUUCUUCCUGACCCCGGACAGCUUUGAACAGAAGGUCCUGAAUGUCUCCUUUGCCUUUGAGCUCAUGCAAGAUGGAGGGCUGGAAAAGCCUAAACCUCGGCCAGAAGACAUUGUCAACUGUGACCUGAAGUCCACGCUGAGAGUGCUAUAUAACCUCUUCACCAAGUACCGGAAUGUGGAGUGAAGACCUGGGCUGCCUCCUACUGCCCAGCCACUCUCAUGAAGGCCAUCUGGACCAGCUUCCCAACUGCCUUGCCCUGCUUACUCCUGUCUCUUGUUCUACCCUCUCCCAAAAGCCCAGCAACCACCCGGAAAUAGUGGACAUUAAAAUCAGUAAGGAAGUGACCACUAACCCAGUGGGCUAAUAACAUCUGUAGGCUCUAGGGACUGAACCAGCAGUGACUUGGGAAAUUGUCUCUAUCCAAAUUCAGGCCCUAGAUGUUUCUGCAUGUGCUGUGGGGAUCAGCACAGACCAGAGACGGUCCCCCAGAACAUAGGAAUAAAGAUCAGAAUUAGUCCCCACAAUAAAGGAAGGAGAGUCUCUACCACUCUCAAGUUCAUUAGGCUUGUGUCUCGUUAAAGGAGAUCAUUCCUCCCUGUUAUAGAUGAAGAAACUGAAGCCCAGAGAUGCGGAAGUUUGCUACCCAUUAGCGUGUAUUUUCGCCCUCUGGGUAACUUACUGGUUUAUGACUGGUCAACUGCAUUCCAUUCUCUUUGUGUCCCAAAAUGUAUGCAUGCUUGUGCAGACCAGCCUUACCUGCAUACACCUGCGUCCUCUAACAGACGAGACACUCUGAUCUCACCCUAGGGCAGGCCAGGUCAGGGCUGGGUGAUUUGCAGUAAAAUUGCCAAAUUGAAUUUAACUCAAUUAAUACUGUGUGUGGCAGGAGCCUCAUCCCUCAAAUCCUUUGUACAAAUGAAAAUUACCCUUAAUUCCUUCAGAUUGGUAAUAAGCCCACGCUCUGGUUACAAGAUGACAUUUGGGAAGGGUUCUGUUUGGAAUUAAUAGAGUGCCCAUUUCGCAGCCUUUUUGCUUGAUUGCAUGUAAUGGAUGUGCCCUAUAUUUUCCUGCAAAAUAAGUACUCAAUUCAUUAUCGUUAGGCAAAUGUAGGGUGUGCUUGCACAUGGCAAAGAGCUGGGUGCAGACCCAUUGGAGCAUCGCCUGAGAAAUAGGGCUCGUCAACAGGGACCCUUGAACUUAAAAAAAAAAGAAAGAAAGAACCUCCUUUUUGCCUUCUAAUUGGUCAUUUAGGCCAUUCUGGCUAAGUCUGCCCACAUGCAAUUACUGGCUAAUUCCCAGGCGUGGAAAAUGUCAGUCAUUUAAACAGAAGCUCAGCGUCGUCUCCUCACUCCUGUGAUUCGAGGGCUGCUGGUCAUGUAUCUCCUCAUGCAAACCUGGCUUUGAAGGAUAGAGUUUUGCGUGCCAAUCUGCCCCAAGGCCCUAUAGAGAAAGCAAAGAGGCUGAUGGGAAAAGGGAGGGUCAGAGCUAAGGGAACAAGAAAUGGAGGUGGGAGAGCUGGAUACUAAUUGCUUAACAUGCAGGGGAUACCCCCCCAAAGACAAAGCAGCAGGUACAGUACUUAACCCUUGUGCUCUUCAGUUGAGAAGCUAAUGGGAUAUCUUGGGAUAAUGACCCAUGCUACCGCUGUCUUCACAGAACUCAUGACAGGGAGAUGCCAGCUUGGGUUGCCUCCUCCAGAAGUGUGUAACUACCUAGUCUCUCCUUGUCUUAUAUUUCUCAAUGGAACAAAAUAACCUGAUGAAAACAGUUACGGGAAAGAGGGAUUAUUUUGACUCAUCACAGCCUAUCAUGGAGGGCAGGUUAUGGCAGCCAUGGCAGGAAGAGCAUAUUGUCAGGACCCCUCACUUCACAUGUCAGAACAAGAAGAGAACAGACAAGGAGUGAGACUGAGCUGUCAAAGCCCAAGGCCCUCCUCCCAUGAGGCUCCACCUCCUAAAGGAUUCAUAAUUUUUCAAAACAGUGUCACCAGCUGAGAACCAAGUGUUCAAAAUGAGCCCACAGGGGACACUUUGUACAUGCGAACAGAAAUGGACUAAGGUGGCUUGCUAGACUUCCAGUUGUCCACGGCAUUCCCUGCCUGUUCUUGCUUCUUUUUGUACUGACCAUCCAGGGCAGCUCAGAACCCAGCACCCUUAGAUCCACUGUGCAUCUCCCCGGCUGUUCUGUUCUAGGAAUCGUUACUCAGCACAGUGGGCAUCUAAGGUGUGAAGACAAUGCACUGUCUUCCAUUGAUCUAUGUAUAAGAACAGAAUUACAUUUUGCAUAAUUAAUUAAUGAAAUACCGUAUUUUUCAUUAGGAUUCAUGUUGGUCUCGUGCUCUUUUAAAUUCCUGUUAGUUAACUGAGAUUAAUAGCUGUUUGGUCUCUGCAGGCAGCACUGAAGUAGAAUGAAAUAAGAGACCCUUGUCCACUUGAACUUUGCUGUCGGGGUUGUGCCUUGAUGCUCCCUGGUAUUCAAGCCAUUAGUACACACUGCCCUUCCUAAGGGCCCUCCAUUGGGGUUUUGUAUUCUCCACAAGUAGGAAACCAUAUCAGACCUUGGUAACUUUAAUAGCAUGUCAAUGUAUCCCACAACUGAGUAUUGUGACUAAAGUCUUUGCCUCAGCCCAGCAUCCCAGAGCUUGUGUCUGGUUUUUUUUUUUAUAAAGCUGUCAUCUCGUGGAGAUGGGUGUUUCCCUUUAGAUUCUAGAACCAAAUACUUACGACAUGAGUGUGGUUUUGAAGCAGAAAGAGACCUUGCCAUUAUAAGUAAUCAAUUAGCCUUCAUCUCCUAAAAAAAAAGAGAGGAAACUAAGACAAGAAUCAUUCUGGCUCACAGAUUGAGAGUACAGGGAAGGGGGAGAGUGGAGAGGCAUGGCCACAGGAGUGUGAGGUAGCUGGCCACGUUGCAUAUGCAGGCAGGAAGCAGAGAGAGGUGAAUGCUGGCGCUCACCCUACUGAUUUUUUAUUUAGUUUGGGACCCCAGCCUAUGAAACGGUACCACCACAGUUAGGGUGAGUCUCCCCCACCCCAGUUAAUCAUCAUUAUUUUUAAUAGUUGAUACAUAAGUAACUCAACAAGCAAAAAGGAUGUCUGAUUAAAAACCCUAAGUAUCUGCCUCCCCUCUUCCUGUCGGUCUCCACUCUCCAUGGAGAUGACUGUCUUGAUCCAUUUCUUCUGCAUGAUUCCAGAAAUAUACUGUGCAAAUAAAGCCUGAACAAACAUACAA